AGGAGGGAGGAGGAGGAGGCGGCGGCGGCGGCGGCGGCGGCGGCGGCGGGGGAGGAGGAGCUCCGGCAGCAGCUCCUGCGGCCAUGGCGGAUCUCGCGGCACAGGAGCCGGAGAACGACGUGGACAGAUUCGAGUGGUACAGGAGGAGGGCAGAGCAGGGAGACCCUGACGCUCAGUACAACCUGGGGACUUGUUACGACGAAGGAAGAGGAGUGGACAAGAACGACGGGGAAGCGUUCAAGUGGUUCGCCCGUGCAGCCGAGCAGGGCGACGCGGAUGCUCAGUUCUCUCUUGGCGUCUGCUACCACGAGGGCAAGGGAGUGGAAAAGGAUGACGCGAAGGCGAUCGAAUUGUGGACGAAGGCGGCGAAUCAGAACAACGAAGACGCUCAGUUCAUCCUCGGUUGGAAAGAUGCUGCCGCCAACGAAGCGGAAGGAUGAUAGCACAGCAGCAAACGCGGGAGAGGACUAGAGGGUAGCUGAAGCUCUUGUGCAUAUGUUAAUAGAUGAGAUGAUGAAAUAAGAUAACG